AUGCGCUCCGCCGCCAAGAGUGUCAAAGCAUUUGAAGAUACCCAAAAGUUACAUGAAAAGUUUGGAGAUAUUGUUGGCGUCGGUGAGUAUCGUCAAGCAUUCCUUCAUCAAUCCGCACAACUUGCUCCUUGUCCUGAUCUAUCUGCUAUAAUUUCAGGCCCUCGUGAGCUAUCCAUUAAUCGCGCGUCUGCCAUAAGUGUGAUUUAUGAAACCCCUACACGAACAACAAGAUCACCUUGGUACGCGCAAGUCUCAAAUGAUGUUACAAAGAUAUCGCUGAAUUCCACCCGGGUUCUGAAGGUCCACAAGCUUCGCAAGAAGGUUUGGGAAAGGGGUCUCGGGUUUCGAGCAUUGGCCGUCUACGCACCGCGCAUUAAGACGAAAGUAAAUUUGCUUUUGUCAAAGAUUGCGGAACAUAGUGGUCGUCCGAUGGAUAUGACAGAAUAUUCCAUGUUUUUCGGCUUUGACGUGAUGGGCGAAAUUGGAUUCUCCAAGGAUUUCCAUAUGCUAGAAUCGGAGUCCGAGCAUCCGGCUAUCAAAGGUGUUCACGAGAGCAUGCUGGCUAUUGGUGUGCUGGGCACGGUGCCGUGGCUUUUGUCCAUGAUCUCCAAAGUGCCUGGCGCAGCAGCGGGCUUUUCUCGAUUCACAACAUGGUGCCACCAGCAACUACAGGAAAAGCGCAAGGCAACGGUGCUGAAGAAUCGUGACCCUCGAGACAUAAUAUCUUGGCUGAUCAAGUCGCUGAACGAGGGAGACCCUUCGGCCCCGCCUGGUGAAAUGGCGAUCCAGGAAGACGCUCGUCUUCUGAUCAUUGCGGGAAGCGACACGACUAGCGCAGCCCUUGCAAAUGCGCUCUAUUUCCUUGCCAGCAACCCGGAUACCUAUCAACAUCUCCAAGCUACGCUUCGGAACCAGUGCCCAGGAGGCAUACAAGAUUGGUCGUAUGAGAAAAGGAUCCCUUACCUCGACUACGUUAUCCAGGAGACAUUGCGCUUGAAGCCAUCCGUCCCAGGCGGCCUGCCUCGUGUCGCACCGCCAGAGGGCUUAAUGAUUGAUGACGAAUUCAUCCCUGGAGGCACAGUGGUGGCUGUUCCGACGUUUACUGUCCAGCGAGACCCGCGAUUUUGGCCAGACCCAAACGCUUUCAGGCCCGAGAGAUGGGACGGCUUGUCAACGGAAAAAUCUCCCUGGCUUCCGUUUACGCGGGGUCAAUGGGCAUGCCCUGGUCGAAAUCUUGCGAUGAUGGAGAUGCGCAUGGUCCUGAGCCACAUAGCGCUUCAGUACAAUGUUUCAUUCGCCGAUCCAGGUGCUGCGAAAAGGUUCGACUUGGACGUCAUGGAUACCUUCACUUUGACACUUCCGCCACUGCACCUUGUGUUCACGCCGAUAUAG